AUGCCUACAACAAACCUCCAACUCCCGCAUCUCCUCUCGUUUUGCAAGGCCUUCGAGCUGCGAACCAGCCGCUAUUGUCGCGACGUCAACGUAGCUUCCAAAAAAUGGGCGCUACAGAGCGGCUUCAUUGACGAAGACGAGCGUCGCAGAAUCCCAGGCCUCCAACUAGCCCUUCUAGCGUCGCUGAGCAACCCUACGUGCGACAUGGCACAGCUCUUGCUGGUCACCCAAUUUCUAAUUCUACACGUGCAUUGGAUCGACAAGACGCCGGAGUCGGGCGACGCAGCCUUCAACGAGAUCUGGUCGAAGCUGGUACGGACAACAACAACCAGCUGGCACGCGAGGUUUCAGCAUCACCUAUCCGCGUUUCGUUCUGCUCGGGCCCUCGUCGUAGUGGACAACGAACAUGCGGUCGUGCCAGACUUGGAGUCUUAUGUUGCGCUCCGCCAAGAUUCGGCUGGCGUAAAGAUGCUCUUUGACCUGAUCGAGUACGCUGAAGGCCUGCGUAUACCUGACAAAGAAUACUCGUUGCCAGUCCUCCGGCAGCUGAGGCACGGUGCAUGCAACAUCGUGGCGUGGCUAACCGAUAUUGCCUCGUUCGCAUAUAAACACGCGCGAGGCGACAGCCAUAACCUCGUUGUCGUGCUCAUGGCGGAGCGACGCCUACCCAUGCAGAGUGCGAUGCACGCUGCCGGCACGCUUGUUAAGGAAACCGUGGAUACCUUCCUCGCAAACGAGCGCCUACUGUCCGCGGAGCCUGUGAGCGCGGAUGUACGACGCUACGUGCAGGGCCUACGCGAUUGGAUCGUCGGCACGACACACUGGCUCUACGAGACAAACCGGUUCUUCGGGGACAAUGGCGACGACGUGCGCGAUUUGGGCUGGGUCUUCUUGUCGAGCUGA